AUGAAGGCAUUGAUUCUCGUUGGUGGUUAUGGAACACGUUUACGUCCACUCACUCUCAGCUUCCCCAAACCUAUCGUAGAAUUCUGUAAUAAACCUCUUCUUUUGCAUCAAAUAGAAGCUUUGGUUAAGGCUGGUGUUCAGGAGAUAAUACUUGCGGUUAGCAAGUGUGCAGACCGCUGUGAUCUCUUGGAGGGCGAGGUCAGGAAACACGAAGCUUCCCUUGGAAUAAAGAUAAGAUUCUCCUACGAAACGGAACCUCUUGGCACAGCUGGUCCGUUAGCACUGGCGUCAAAGUGGUUAACUGAUUCGAAUGAGCCCUUCUUCAUGCUCAACAGUGAUGUCAUUUGCACAUUCCCAUUCGAGGCACUGAAACACGUGCACGCUAAACAUCGGGGUGAGGCUACAAUCGCUUUAACAAAAGUCGAGGAGCCUUCGAAAUUCGGUGUGGUGAUUUUCGAACCGGAGACGGGCCAAGUUAAGCGCUUCGUUGAGAAACCGACUGAGUUUGUGGGGAAUAAAAUAAAUGCAGGCAUCUACCUCCUCAAUCCAAGUGUUAUUUCACGCAUUCCGCUUAAACCGACUUCGAUAGAAAAGGAAGUAUUCCCGAUUCUGGCAGAGGAAGGGUCCUUGUAUUGCAUGCCCAUCGAAGGUUUUUGGAUGGAUGUUGGUCAGCCAAAAGACUUCAUCACCGGCACAGCUCUCUACCUGGCCUACCUUGCUGAAACUUGGCCCAAGACCUUAGCUACCGGUCCCAAUAUCUGCGGCAAUGUCAUAAUUCAGUCCACACUUCGCUGUUGUACGCUUGAAUCCGAAUUGCCAGACACAACCCUAAUUUACUUUGGUGGUGGCCAUCACGUUUACCUUUGA